AUGACUCAAGUACGUAAUGAAGCAAAAUCGCAAAGAUUAAGUGUUCGUAGUCCCGCUGCUGAAGUGGAAAAUACAAAUAGCUAUCCAACGCAAACACUAUUUCAACAAGUCGUAGAAAAAAAACUUCCAUUGGUUAACAAUAUUGUUAUUAUUGGUCGUCUGAGAGAUGUUUGGGACAAACAAUCAGAACUUGCAGAUUAUUAUGAGAAUUAUAUAAAUUCGAUACCGGCUAUUCUGGAAAAAAGUUUGGAUAAUCGUGAAUGUCAUACACCAGGAGGCAGUAGCAUUCCGCCUGUUACCGGCCUUUUACUGAUAUUUCCAACGCUUUUCAUACACUCUUUGGAAGUAACAAAUCCAGCAAUGAAACUUAUUCUGGAAGAUCUUGAUCAAUCGAUUCACAACCGUGAUAAUGGUCUGAUACGAGAAGCAUCGAUUCUAAAUAUUUCUUACAAUGUUUCAGCGCGAAUCUAUUCCAAUUGGACCUUUAAAAGUGUUAAAUUAGCUGUCGAAGACCUCGACGCUCAACCAGCUGAAACAGUAGAAGCUAUAUCGCUUGAAGUUCUCGGUAAAUUACUACGCAUAGCUAAAUACCAAGCGAAUGAACGACGAGCUAACGAGCGACCUGUUGAUAUUUUGGCUAAUGUAGAUCAACGCGCUGACCUACUACCUAAUCAAGCAAAUAUCAAUUAUCUUCUGAAACAACCAAUCUUUCAAACAGCUGAAGAUAUUCUGAAGAACUAUCAACGUCCGAUUAAUGUUCGUUUUGAAAGCGAUCUAACUGCACCGCCCACUCAUCGAUUAUUUCCGAUCAAUUUUUCAUUAUGA